GCGGCGAAUUACCUUUCCUAUCCCUCUUCUCAAAUCGUGAGGUUGCCGUGUGUUGUGUGCAAAAAGUUGUCUCACACAACACUUAAACUGGAAGAAAUUAAGCUAAAAAACUUUUAAAAAAUACAAAAAAAUUGAAAAAGUAACAAAACUAUUAAAAAAACUACUGAAACGGUAGGUUUGUGAUAGAACAGAAAGCAAAAACAACUUAUUUCUUCUAGCAAUCAACAGCGCCAUAUUUUAACCUCUGAAAAUGACGACUAAUAUCAAUCCGGCUGGAGCAAGUUACCCAAUGGCUUCAUUGUAUGUAGGAGAUCUUCACCCAGAUGUCACCGAAGCUAUGUUGUUCGAGAAAUUUUCAACAGCAGGUCCAGUCCUCAGUAUCCGUGUCUGUAGAGAUAUGAUCACAAGACGUUCACUUGGUUAUGCUUAUGUCAACUUUCAGCAGCCAGCAGAUGCUGAGAGAGCCCUUGACACAAUGAACUUUGACACCAUCAAAGGUCGACCAAUAAGAAUCAUGUGGUCACAAAGAGAUCCAUCUCUGAGAAAAUCUGGUGUUGGCAACGUAUUCAUCAAGAAUCUUGACAAAAGCAUUGACAAUAAGGCAUUAUACGAUACAUUCUCUGCCUUUGGAAAUAUUUUAUCCUGUAAGAUUGUCUGUGACGAGCAUGGAUCACGUGGAUACGGAUUUGUACAUUUUGAGACUGAGGAAGCAGCCAGAAAUGCCAUUGAAAAAGUAAACGGCAUGUUGUUGAAUGGAAAGAAAGUAUUUGUAGGAAGAUUCAUGAAUAGACGGGAACGUCUUGAGAUUCUUGGAGACAAGAUGAAGAAAUUUAACAAUGUCUACGUGAAGAACUUUGGUGACGAUAUGUCUGAGGAUGAACUGAAAGAUAUAUUUGAACCAUUUGGAAAACUUAUCAGUGUCAAGAUCAUGUCUGACAUUGGCGGUAAAAGUCGAGGAUUUGGAUUUGUUAGUUAUGAAGAACCAGAGGCAGCAGAAAAGGCUGUUGAAGAUUUGAACGGUUUAAACAUCCACGAAAGGACUUUGUUUGCUGGCAGAGCACAGAAAAAGGCUGAGAGACAAGCAGAGCUUAAAGACAAAUUUGAAAGAAUUCGAAUGGAGAGAAUUAAUAGAUACCAAGGAGUCAAUCUGUAUGUAAAGAAUUUGGAUGACAACAUUGAUGAUGAAAGACUUAGGAAGGAAUUCUCUCAGUUUGGAACCAUUACAAGUGCUAAGGUUAUGUCGGAAGGUGGAAGAUCCAAAGGAUUUGGGUUUGUUUGUUUCAGUUCUCCGGAAGAGGCAACUAAGGCAGUAACAGAAAUGAAUGGUAGAAUUGUGGUAGCCAAACCUUUGUAUGUGGCUCUAGCCCAACGUAAAGAGGACAGGAAGGCUCACUUGGCAUCACAGUACAUGCAGCGUAUUGCUAGUAUCAGAAUGCAGGGACAGCCUGCUGCCGGUAUGAUGAGUCAGAUGUUCCCAUCAGCUGGACCAGGGUAUAUCCUUCCUACCAUGACACAGGGACAGAGAAACUUCUAUGCCCCAACACAGGUACCACAGAUGAGGGCCAGUCCAAGAUGGCCAACACAGCUAAGACAGCCAACACCAGCUAGUGGAUUCCAGAAUAUGCCUGGACAACAGGUCAGACCUGGAAAUCCUGCUGCCGCUGGAGCAAGACAACCUGGUCAAGGUAACAUCCGUGGUGGCAUGAAUGCCCGUCCAAUCACAGGACAGUCUGGCACUGGACAACCACCUCGCAUGCCACAAUCUGUACCAGGCCGAGGACAAGUACCACCCCCAGCUGGAGUAAUGAACCCUGCCAGCAGGUACUCGGCUACACAGAUGAGAAACCCACCUCAAGGUGGCAGACAACAAAACAUGGUUAUGCCACAGGUAGGAGGAACAUUUAGUUCAGAAUAUACACCUCCAGCCCAAGGAGGAGUGAUUCAAGUUCAAGGUCAGGAGCCUCUGACCUCUACCAUGUUGGCUGAUGCACCACAACAGGAACAGAAGCAGAUGUUAGGAGAACGUCUGUUCCCUCUGAUCCAAAGUAUGUACCCAGACCUGGCUGGAAAGAUCACUGGAAUGUUAUUGGAAAUAGACAACUCUGAGUUGUUACACAUGUUGGAAUCCAAGGAGUCACUUGAGGCUAAGGUAAAUGAAGCCGUUGCUGUACUGCAAGCUCAUCAAGCCAAAGAAACAACACCUGCUACUGAAGCAGCAAACUAAAGAGGGAACCAGGAAAACCGGAGUAGAUCCUAAGGGCAGAUAAUUGGACAGAUUUUCUUGUUACCAUGACUACAAGCAUUUAUAAACUGUAUUGUCAAAGCCUUUGUUUAGAUAUGUUUGCCCACUUGUUUAUUAUUAUUGUACAUUUAUCUUGUAGUUAUAUAAUUUGGAUUGUUUUCUUUUUUCCAAAAAUUGUAAGAAAUAACCAUAUUGUGUCACUAUAUAUAAUUUGUUCGAAGCUCUUGUCAGCAUUGCUUAGCUUUUCAGUAUUUGAAAUAAUAGAGAAAAUGUCGAAAUUAAACUACUUUGUUUAUCAAAGAUAAGUUAAUUUAAUGUUAUUUCUUGUGAAAACAUUUUCAAAUUAUUAUCUAAAUAAGGAUUUAAAACAUUCAGUGUAAGAGUGAAAAUCUUGUUUUUAUUAUCUCCCUUGGUGAACCUCUUUUAAAAGGUUCCAUCCUGUAAUGAAAAUAAUGAAAAAUAUUGUAAAAAAAGAGAAAAAAAUGUGAAUUGAGAAAACUGCUCAUUAUAUACUGGUUUUUAACCAGGUAAGUAUGUAAAAAAAUUAUUAGAUUAUUAACUUUAUCCUUCAUUGAUUGUAUUAAUAUGAAAAUAUACAGCUACAUUGUGUAGUACUAGUGUAGCUGUGAAAUAAAAAGUGUAAUAUAUUAUGUUAAAAAAACAACAAAAAAAUUGUAUAAAUUAUGUAAAAUAUGUGUAAAAAAUUUGAGUUUGUGUUAUGACAGUCGUUUUAAUUCUUCCCUUGCUUAUUGUCUUGGGGGAAAAUGCUUCUGUUUCAUUUCUACACUUUGUUUACUUUUCUGUACCUCCUUUAUAAAGAGCUCAUCACUCGUUGAAGAUUUUAAAGUAAAAAAAUAAGACUGAUAAAAAAAUUAAACCAAUGAUGUGAAGUGAUGUGUUCUUGUUCUGAUCUCAUUUGAUUAAAUUUUUGUCCAUUUGAACAGCUGAAAAAAAAAGAAUUGAAUUAAAGGCAGCCAAAAUGCAAAUGGAAAAAAUUAAGAUCAAAUUGGAACAGAUUAGUGUUGUGUGUUUUAUAUAUUUUGUUAUUUUAGUUAUGAAACUAAGAAAAAAUUGAUAAAAAUGAUGUUAAAAUAUAAACUACAAGAGACUUGACACCUACUACGUACAAACUUACAGAGAAGAGGGAAAUUAUCAGGAUUCUGUUAAUAAUCUACUAUGUUAUAUAAAUAAAACUUCCGUUUCAAUAA